AAAUUAGCAAAUCUGCCCAUUCCCAAUUAAGUAAUAAUCCAUUAUUCAAUAAAUAAGCGCGAAGCUUGAAGAGAUCACAACUGAUAAAAACGGCUCCUUUAAAUGCAAAAAAAAAACUCCUUUCAGUUUCAAAGUAUCGUCUCCCUCAAAAUCACAACCUCUACAUACAAUUCCUGCUCCAUCCUCACAUGGCGGGUCUCUACUCCUCUUCCUCCUCAAAACCAACUUCAUCAGAUUCGUCUUCCUCGCGCAUUUUCUUUCUAAUCACCUUUCUUCCUCUUUCCUUAGCCUGUUUCGCCUUCCUCCUCCAAUGGCGAAGCGGAUUCAACGAUUCGGUUACUAAGUGGUUUGAUGAUAACUAUCCGUUUCCCGGAAUGGUCACCGUCUCCGAGAAACGUUCCCUUCGCUCUGAUUCGAGCUGCGUUUCUCUUCUGGGUCAGAGUCGUACGCAAUCGUUUCCUUAUCUCCGAGAUUGGAAGCUUGAUCAUAAGCCGGGUCUUAAGCCUAAGAUAUGUAUUACUACGAGCACUUCUGCUGGAUUAGAGCAGACAUUGCCAUGGAUUUUCUAUCACAAGGUCAUUGGAGUUUCAACUUUUUUUCUAUUUGUUGAAGGCACUGCUGCUUCCCCAAAUGUGUCUCGAGUUUUGGAGACAAUCCCUGGUGUAAAUGUUAUAUACAGAACAAGAGAGUUAGAAGAAGAACAAGCUAAAAGCCGGAUAUGGAAUGAGACCUGGUUGGAGAAGUUUUUCUACAAACCAUGUAAUUACGAAUUAUUCGUGAAACAAAACCUGAAUAUGGAAAUGGCUAUCACUAUGGCAAGGGAUGCUGGUAUGGAGUGGAUACUGCAUCUUGACACUGAUGAGCUUGUACAUCCUUCUGGAACCCGUGAAUAUUCCUUGAGAAAUUUGCUCAGAGAUGUUCCUGCAGAUGUGGAUGGAGUUAUCUUUACAAAUUAUGAGAGCAGCGUUGAGAGAGAUGAUAUCAAAGAACCUUUCACUGAGGUAUCAAUGUUCAAGAAGAAUUUCAAACAUCUUCCUAGAGAAGUUUACUAUGGAAACUAUAAAGAGGCAACUCGUGGCAAUCCGAAUUAUUUUCUUACCUAUGCAAAUGGGAAAUCCGCUGCUCGGAUUCAAGACCAUCUUCGGCCCAAUGGUGCUCAUCGAUGGCACAACUACGUGAAGUACCCAAACAUCAUGGAAAUAAGCGAAGCUGCGAUUCUUCACUACACUUACUCGAAAUUUUCAGAUCUUACUUCAAGACGUGAUCGAUGUGGCUGCAAACCAACAAAAGUGGAUGUCAAGAGAUGUUUCAUGCUAGAAUUUGACAGAGCCGCAUUCAUCAUUGCUUCAACUUCAACUUCAGAGGAAAUGCUUCAAUGGUACAGAGAAAGAGUUGUAUGGACUGACGACAAUUUGAUCCUAAAGCUUCUUAGGAAGGGAAUUCUGACUCGCAUUUAUGCACCAAUGGUUAUAAUCCAAGAGCUAAGAGAAGCCGGUGUUUUCAGCUCAGUGGUAACUUCAGCUCACAUGUCUCUCUCAAGGAAUAGAAGCAAAUCUUCAACCUCAAGCAUUACUAGAGAAUCAUCUCAAGCAACUACUAGGAAGGUGUUGGAGUUUGAUCUUGAUGGUGAAUCUCAAGAAGCAUCAGCGAUACCACCGAAAUCAUCUCCAGGAUUGGAAACAAUCCAAGAUGUUUAAUUAUGAGUUUAUGACUUUCUUGAAGAUAGACUUCAAAAAUUUGCAGAGAGUUGUAACUGAGAUUUUCUGUACAUUUUCACCAAGUUUUUCUUUUUGCUUAGGUUUUAGCUAUACAAGAAGAACAUUAGAGCAGGCUUUGUGGAUCUACUUGGUCCAUUUAUAUACAUUCUAUGUGGAAUGCUGUUGAUCUUGGUAUAAAAAUGAAUCAUGAUA